AUGUCUGACCCCAUCACUCUCUACGGGUUCACGGCGGUCCCUGCCUCCGCGCAGGCCCUCCUAGCCUCCACACCAGCCUAUCCGCGACAGAGCAGUGCCCCCGCUCCGAUCCCCGCCCGCGACACGCCUAUGCCCAACACGCCGCUGGCGGUCCGCAUCAACAGCUACGCCAAAGCUCACCUACCCGAACCAACAUACAACCACUCGCUCCGUGUGUACCAUUAUGGGCUGGCCAUCAAACGGCAUAGGUUUCCGUUCCCUGACUGGGCCUUCUCCGAUGAGACCUACUUCUUGGCCUGUGUGCUGCACGAUAUCGGGACAGCGGAGGAGCACAUCACUGCCACUCGGCUGAGCUUUGAGUUUCAUGGCGGGUUCCUGGCGCUGGAUCUGUUGCUGCAGGAGGCCGAAGGGUCCGCCGCGCCACGCGAACAAGCGGAGAGCGUUGCGGAAGCCAUCAUCCGGCACCAGGACUUGUGCACGAUGGGCAAGAUUACCGCGGUGGGACAGCUAUUGCAGUUGGCGACGAUCUUUGGUACUCGGCGGCGGCCUCGGACCACAGAUAAUACAGGUGCGUACGCGGAUCUGGUCCACCCGGACACUAUCACGGACGUGUCCAAGCACUACCCUCGCCACCACUGGAGCCAAUGCUUUGCGGCAACUAUUCGGCGCGAGAACAGCCUGAAGCCCUGGGCGCAUACGACGGCAUUGGGCGAGAAGGAUUUCCCAGCCAAAGUCCUUGAGAAUGAGCUGAUGAAACCGUUCGAAUGA